UCGCUCCGGUCCCCGUCGGGCGGCGGCGGCGAGCAGGAUGCCGGGGCGCUGGGCAGAGACUCUGCAAGUGAAUGAGAACUUCUUUCUACGGAACUGAGGUGAAGAACUUCACCAUGGGUCAACAAAUUUCAAACCACACACAAACUGUAAUUAACAAGUUGCCAGAAAAAGUAGCAAAGCAUGCCUCUCUGGUUCAAGAAAGUGGUUUCCUAACGUAUGAAGAGUUUCUGGGAAGAGUAGCUGAACUUAAUGAUGUUACUGCAAAAUUGGCCUCUGGACAAGACAAACAUCUGUUAUUUGAAGUGCAGCCUGGUUCUGAUUCUUCUGCUUUCUGGAAGGUGGUCGUUCGGAUAAUAUGUACUAAAAUAAAUAAAACAAGUGGCAUCGUGGAAGCUUCCAGAAUCUUGAACUUGUAUCAGUUCAUUCAACUUUAUAAAGAUAUCACCAGUCAAGCAGCAGGAGUUCUUGCACAGAGUGGUACUUCUGAAGAAGCUGCUGAGAGUUUGAUGUCUGUGUCAUCUUGUCAGGCCAGCUUGUGGAUGGGAAGGGUUAAACAGUUGACAGAUGAAGAGGAGUGUUGCAUCUGCAUGGAUGGGCGUGCUGAUUUAAUCUUGCCGUGUGCUCACAGUUUCUGCCAGAAAUGCAUUGAUAAAUGGAGUGAUCGUCACAGAAGCUGUCCUGUCUGCCGUCGGCAAGUGACUGGGGCAAGCGAUUCUUGGGUGGUCUCAGAUGCACCUACAGAAGAUGAUAUCGCUACUUAUAUACUUAACAUGGUAGAUGAGGCGGGCCAGCCUCACAGACCCUGACACUGGCCAACCAGCUGAUAAUAGCAGAAGCACUUGAAGCUUUCGUUUUCAUGAACAUCUGUUUUUACCUCUCGUUGCCAUUCUUCCACAGUCUGUCUUUUACUUCUCUUCUUGGCUGCUGUGAAUCUACGCUGCUCUUUUAAAACACAGGGUAUAUGAGCCAGUGUAUGUGUGUGCAGUCUUAAUUAUUAAUCUGUACUUUCAGUAAACUCUUUGAUCAUUAACAAAGUUUAUUUUAACAGCAACUUUUGAUAUUAAUUAGCAGUUUGACUACUAGAUGAAGCAAUUUAUAACAGCACAACUACAACUGCGAACUGCUAUUUGAACAUCACAGUGUACUGCUACAGAAGAUGAACAGUGUCAGAUGGCUUGACCUCACAGUUCUUUAUCCUUAAAAGCAGUCCCUUUUAGUUUCAUGACAAAUGUGACUAAAGAUGAUGAGUUAGCACUAGUGAUCAUUAAUUUGAAAUUUUACUGCUGAAACUUGAAGAUGUCCCACUGCCUGUUCUUCAGUAGCCAGUUAUUGCUGCUUUUAGUGUUUACAGAUACUGAUUUCAAUCUGAUCUGUUAUGAGAUUUAGUAUUAAUUAUUUUAAAUCUGUUUUGGAGACUGUGGGCAGCUCUGUAAAUGUACUUGUGCACUUCCCUUUAUUCUUCUAACAAGAUUAUCUCUUUGAAUAUUUUUUUAAAUAUGAUAUUUAGCAUAGUCUUAUUAGCUUGGAAACAUUAAACGGUUUCGUACACAAUCCUUAAAAAAGUACAUCAGUUUCUUUAUAGUUUUUUGAUCAAGAACAGCCAAAAUUAUUUUUAAACAUUAGGCAUAUCUGAAGAGAAUGACUUUGAAUUAGCAGUUAAGGUGUAGUUUAGUCUGAUGCUGUGGUUUUAUCUGCUUCUCUUGAGUUUUUGAAGUGAUGAAAUCAGAGUUAUAAGGUGUACUAAGAGUUAUAAGGUGAUAAUCUAAGUAAGGGUGCCGUGCUUUGUAUCUACAAGUGCAAUAUGCUUUUAUGUAGCAGAGAGAAACUUCUACUUUAAUAGUAAUGUUGCUUGCAGUGAGAUGUGCAUGUGACAACUUGGGAAAAGGGAUAUCACAGCUGGAGCGCAACAGUAUUUCUGUGUCUAGCAGAGUAAAAUCUUUAAAGAGCUGAGUUUGGACAGUCUAAAAUAAAUUGUUAGUAUUCAGGAAACCCAUCUUAAGCCUCUUCUGCAUAAAUAGUGUUAUGGAAAUCAACUGCUAUUGUAGCGAAUUAAUGAUUUUUUUUUUUUUAAUAUAUAUUAACAAAUACUACUCUUUUAACUUGAGGCUAUUGAGUGAGAAAUACUCAAGUGUAGCAUUUGAAGGAAUAUCAGCAUAAAUCUUGCUUACUGUAAGACUGCAUUUUUAAUUACCAUACUUGUUAAAAUUCAAUGAUGCCGUAAGGCUAAGGCCUUUUAUCACAGACAGGUUCUGAACUACAAGGUGUGUGCACACGUAGAUAUGCACCUUUGGGUUAUUUUUCUUAAUUGGCUACAAAAUAAUUCAAUUACGUUGGGGACCAGAUCUUGGGAAUUUCUCUAUUACACUUCUAUUUGUUAAGGAAUGUGCAUAGCAUAUGGCACCCGUUUGAGCUUGGCUUAUGGCACAGUUGUCAAAUUUGUCAUAGACAUUAAGACAGAUAAGCAACGUACUCUUCUUGUGUGUAUCAUCUAAAAGCCAGUAUGGCUUAGUGUGUAAAUCUGUAUUUAACUAUUGAAAAAUCCGUUUAUGAAUGUAUAUAGCUUAGAACUAAUUUUUUCCCUUUGUUAAUCCUUUGAUAUCAGUGAGAUAUUCUUCAGAAAAUGUAUGGACUGUUUGGUUGCAUAAAGGCAGUUCUUAUUUGGGCUGAAUAUUGUUAAUGGUCAGGGAUUUUCCACUAAAACAUUUGCAAAUAUUCCUAAUCACACACCAGUUUGGUUUCUUUUUGCUUUCUGAUCUUGCAUUAGUCCAUGUUCAGAACUUUAAAAUAACCUUUGAAUUUUUUAAACUUUUUAUAUCACUGGAACAGAAAGAGCAUCUAAAUUAAAGCUUCAAGCUAACUUUAUUUUUCAAGUAUUUCAAGAAUUAUACUUCUGAACUGAGAUUUUAUAAGUUGACUUUCUGCUGAGAACUUAAAUGAACUUCUUAAAAUGUAAUUUUGUAGUGAUGCAAACAGGUUGUUAAUUGCAGCAUAAUGACACUUGCAAUUACAAUAUAAACUAAUGCAAAAAUUAUUUAAAUAGUGAAAAAGUAAACUUUGUAUUCUGUACAGCUUUUUUUAAUUAAGUUGCUGUAAUUCACACUGCUGUGAUGUAGGUACUGUAAUGUGUGCCUUGUAAAAUAUAUGUACUGUAUGUUAUAUGGGAUAAUAGGUACAUUAACACUGAAAAACUAGUAAUUUGGUACUGGUUGGUAUUACCUAGUCUGAAGUGCUACAUUUAGCAAACAAUUUUGGAAAAGGAAUCACAUUGGCAGAGACAUGGCAAUGGGUUCCAGAAGCUAGACCUUGAAAAUGUGAAUUACUAUGACUAGCUGUUGGUGGGGGGCAUUAGAACAAACUACACUUUCUUGUGUUAAGUGAAGAUUUCUUACAGGUUUAAUGUGAAAUUGUAAUUUAAACAUUAUAGGUUGUAUUAAUAGCUAAGGACAUUCCAGUAUAUUAAACUUUGUGUAUGAACUGUGCAAUAAAGUUACUUUGGAAGAAAUGUCAAAGUUCUUUUAAGCUUAAGGAAUCUCUUGGCUUUACCACAAAAGUCUGAAAACUGAAUUUUAAUCUAAAUACAAUUCCAUUGUACAGGUGGUGUGGUUAAAAGCAUGCCAUUAUGAGUCAGAUGUCUCUUAAACUUUGAAGUGUGAUAUUAACAAGGUAGCUUAAAAGCAGCUCUGCAAAAAAGGCUCACUGAUUCUUCUAUUUUUCUUUUGUCAAAACAAAUAAAUUGGAACAUUCUGCAGUAA